AUGGAUAGAGAAUCAGAGAGAGAACAAGUUACAGAACAAGAUACAGAACAGGAUAUAGAAAUGGAUAGAGAACCAGAUAGAGAACAAGAUGUAGAACAAGUUACAGAACAAGAUACGGAAAAAGGUACAGAACAAGAUACAGAACAGGAUAUAGAAAUGGAUAGAGAACCAGUUAGAGAACAAGAUGGAGAACAAGUUACAGAACAAGAAACAGAAAAAGGUACAGAACAAGAUACAGAAAAAAAUACAGAACCAAAUACAGAGCCUUCGAAAAAAAUUGGAGGAAAUAAAGCAUUGCCGGAGGAAUGCAGAGGGACAGCUAUCUUUAUAAAUAUGACUGAUCAGCUGUUGGACUCAUUCAACGGAUCAAAGUAA